AUGUCCUCCACCAACACCCAAGAAGAGUGUCAGUUCCGAGAGCCAAUUGCAAUCGUUGGCUCAGCGUGCAGAUUUCCAGGCACCUCUAGCUCUCCCUCCAAGCUAUGGGAGCUCCUCCGCCAGCCUCGUGAUGUGGUGAAGGACUUUGAUGCCGAAAGGCUCAACCUUGAAAGGUUCUACCACAAGGAUGGCGACACACAUGGUUCCACUGAUGUGGCCAACAAGUCUUACCUGCUAGAGGAAGACACCAGGCUCUUUGAUGCCGCCUUUUUUGGCAUCAGCCCUUUGGAAGCUACGGGCAUGGACCCGCAGCAGCGUAUUCUGCUUGAGACAACAUACGAAGCGUUCGAGUCUGCUGGCAUGACUCUGGAGCAGCUUAGGGGUUCACUCACGUCUGUACACGUUGGUGUAAUGACUUCUGACUGGGCCAACAUUCAAGCCCGCGACACAGAGACUACGGCAAAGUACAACGCUACUGGCUCCGCCAACAGUAUCAUGUCAAACCGUAUUUCUUACGUAUUUGACCUCAAAGGUCCUUCCGAGACCAUCGAUACAGCCUGCUCAAGCUCCCUUGUUGCUGUCCACAACGCGGCUCUGGGACUUCUAAACGGCGAUUGUGAGAGCGCGGUUGUAGCCGGUGUCAAUCUUAUUCUCGACCCAGCCCCUUAUAUCAACGAAUCCAAGCUUCACAUGCUGUCGCCAGACUCGCGAUCCCGCAUGUGGGACAAGGACGCUAACGGCUAUGCCCGUGGUGAGGGCGCAGGUGCUGUGCUGCUCAAGACUUUGAGCAAGGCUCUCAAGGACGGCGAUCAUAUUGAGGCUGUAAUCCGCAGUACAGGUGUCAACUCUGACGGUCAGAGUCCAGGCAUCACCAUGCCUUUUGCUCCCGCCCAGACUGCCCUCAUUCGCAAGACAUAUGCCCGAGCAGGACUAGAUCCUAAGAAGGACCCUCCUCAAUACUUUGAGUGCCAUGGUACAGGUACUCCCGCUGGUGACCCUGUCGAGGCGCGUGCAAUCAGCGAUGCCUUCACUGGCGGUGACCUUUCUCCCGAGAAUCCUCUCUAUGUUGGGUCCGUCAAGACCAUCAUUGGACAUCUUGAGGGAGGCGCAGGUAUUGCUGGUCUGAUCAAGGUAUUGCUAGCCAUCAAGUACCGCGUCAUCCCUCCCAAUCUGCUCUUCAACGAGCUCAACCCUUCCGUUGCUCCCUUCUAUGGGCCUCUACAGAUCCCAACCACUGCCAUCCCGUGGCCUGAUAUUCCAGCCGGUGUUCCAGCUCGUGCGAGUGUGAACAGCUUUGGUUUCGGUGGUACCAACGCCCAUGCCAUCAUCGAGAGUUACGAGGAUGCUUCCACCGAGAAACCUCAGUAUGGCGCCGAUGAGGGCAUUCUGGGUCCUCUUGUCUUGUCCGCAAAGUCAGGUCGCUCCCUAAUGCAGACAGUCAAAGAUUACAUGGACCACAUCCAAGCAAACGCUUCCAUCGAUAUUGCUGCUUUGAGCUCCGUCUUGCAGAGCAAACGUUCGACACAUCGUGUCCGUGCCCACUUCUCCGGCACAUCUCGAGAGGCUAUCUUGGCUGACAUGGCUGACUUCCUCGACAAGCACGCAAAAGCCACCGGGGACAACAUCGGCCAUGUCCCAAAGCUGGUAAACUCUCGCGAGAGAUCGGGCAUCUUGGCUGUCUUCACUGGUCAGGGUGCUCAAUGGCCGUCUAUGGGCCGUGAACUUAUUCAGAGCUCCCCCGUCUUCCGACGCACAAUCCACGAGUGCGAAACUGUACUCACCGAACUGCCCGAGAAGGACCGUCCCGAAUGGUCUCUCGUCAAGGAACUCACCGCCGACGCCUCUACCUCCCGCAUCGCCGAGGCCGUUAUUUCCCAGCCACUCUGUACGGCUGUUCAGUUGGCUCUGGUCAACCUGCUCACUGAGGCUGGUAUCAAGUUUGAUGCCGUCGUUGGCCACUCCUCGGGCGAGAUUGGCGCGACCUAUGCCGCCGGGAUACUAACACUCAAGGGCGCGAUGCAGAUCUCCUACUACCGUGGACUCCAUGCUAAACUUGCCUGCGGUAGUGAGGGUAAGCUUGGUGGCAUGAUGGCUGCUGGUAUGUCUCUACUGCAAGCGAGAGAGUUCAUUGCACGUCCAGAGUUCAAGGGACGUAUCAGUGUCGCUGCAUGCAAUGCUCCUCGCACCGUGACAUUAUCUGGUGACUUGGAUGCUAUCACCGCGGCGAAGGAGGAGCUUGACAAGGACAAUGUCUUUGCUCGUCAGCUCAGGGUUGAUACGGCCUAUCACUCACACCACAUGUUGCCUUGCGCUGAGCCUUACCUGAAGGACCUGCUAGCCUGUGACAUCGAGGUCAAGCAGCCUCAGAGAGGUCAGUGUGUCUGGAACUCCAGUGUCCGCGGCGAUACGCAGCUCCUGCGUGGCGACCUCAGCAGUCUCAAGGGCCAAUACUGGGUGGACAACAUGGUACGUACCGUGCUUUUCUCGCAGGCUAUUGAGUCUUCUAUUUGGCACGGCGGCCCCUACGACCUCAUUGUGGAGGUCGGUCCUCACCCUGCUCUCAAGGGCCCUACCGAGCAGACCAUGAAGGCUUCUUAUGGUUCCGUUCCGAUCUAUACUGGCGUGCUAGACCGAAACAAGACGGGCGAUGUUUCAUUCUCUGCCGCUAUUGGUCUUGCUUGGGCUCAGCUCGGGCCCAGCUUCGUCGACUUUACUGGCUACCGCAAUGCCUUCUAUGAGUCCGGCAAAGCUCCGGUGGUCAAGAUGAUCAAGGAUCUGCCUACAUACUCCUGGGACCAUGACAAGGUCUACUGGCGUGAAGGUCGCCUGUCUCGCCGUUUCCGUCUGGGCAAGGAUAGAAGCCACGAGCUUCUAGGCCGCCGCACUCUCGAUGACAACGAGUUUGAGAUGCGCUGGCGCAACGUCCUCAAGCUCAGUGAGAUGCCGUGGCUACGCGGCCACGAAGUCCUGGAGGAGGUUUUGCUCCCGGGUGCUUCGUAUGUCUCAAUUGCUGUCGAAGCUGGCAAACAUCUCGCUGCUGAUGCUGGCAAGAUUAUGAGUCUUGUGGAGGUUGAGAACAUCCAGAUUCUUCGUCCUGUUGUUGUACCUGACAAUAAUGUCGGUGUUGAAACUCUGUUUACUGCUAAUCUGGUUGAGAGGGCAAAGGGUGCCAUCAGGGCUCAGUUCUCGUAUUACGUUUGUCCUGACGAGACAGUCGGAUCUAUGCUCCAGACAUGCAAGGGCGAUCUGACAGUUCACAUCAAGGUCAACGACGCUGUGGAGGGCGACAUUCUACCAGCCAAGGAUCAGACGCCUCCCAAUCUUGCCAAGAUCAACACCGAGCAGGUCUACUCUCUGUUCAAGGGCAUCGGCCUCAACUACACUGGCGCCUUCAAAAGCAUCACCGAGAUCAGCCGCUGCCUGAACUAUGCCAGCACUACGGGUACUUGGGAAGACGACUCCCUCAGCGACGAGUACAUGCUGCACCCUGCGAUUCUUGAUGUUGCUUUCCAGACCUUGUUCGUCGCAAAAGCUCACCCUGCUAGCAAACAGAUUACCUCUGCUCUGCUGCCCUCUCACAUCGAUCGUGUACGCGUCGAUCCAUCUGUUCAGAUCGUCCAAUCUCGCUCCGGAACGCCCUCCAAGGCUGAGAUCGAGACGUGGGCCGUGUCACAGACGGCUACAUCCCUCCGUGGUGACUUGAACAUCUACGACGCCGCAUCUGGUUCGACCUUUCUGCAGGUGGAGGGUCUGGCCGUCAACAUGGUUGGUGCUUCUCAAGCUACCAGUGACCGAUCCAUGUUCUCCAAGACUAUCUGGGGCAACGAUGCAUCGCUCGGUCUCGUCGAUCCUGAGCGCAACGAGGUCCAGGACGCAAGGGGUAUGAAGAUGGCUGACGCAGUUGAGCGUUUGGCCAUGUUCUACGUCAAGCGCAUCGUUGACCAAAUCCCCUCCUCGGAGCGCCUCGAUUUUAUCUGGUAUCACCAGCGCAUGUUCGAGGCAUUCGAGGAGCACAUUCGCGUUGUUGCCGCCGGGGAGCAUCCCAUCAUAAAGCCUGAGUGGCUCAACGAUGAGCCUUCUGUCCUGGAAGAGAUCGACGCCAACUACGGUGACGAGAUCGACAUCAAGCUUCUCCACGCCGUUGGCGGUCACCUCGCCGAGGUGGUCCGUGGAAACGAGCAGCUUCUCGAGGUCAUGACCAAGGACGACAUGCUCAACCGCUUUUACAUGGAAGGAUACGCCAGUAUUCCGACCAAUGGAUUUGUUAGCGACGUCAUGAAGCAGCUCACCUUCAAGUUCCCUCGUGCCAAGAUCAUCGAGAUCGGUGCCGGAACAGGUGGAACUUCAUGGAGUAUCCUCAACGCCAUCCAAGAUGCGUACGACUCAUACACAUACACCGAUAUAUCGUCUGGUUUCUUUCCCAAUGCCGCAGAGAAAUUCUCAGACUUUGCGCAUAAAAUGGCCUUCAAGGUUCUCAACGUGGAGAACGAGCCUGCCGACCAAGGCUUUGAGGAGGGUUCAUACGAUAUCGUCGUGGCCGCUUUGGUCCUCCACGCAACGCACGACCUCAAGAGAACACUGCGCAACACUCGCAAACUGCUGAAGCCCGGCGGUUAUCUCGUGCUUUUGGAGCUGACUGGCAUCACCAGUGUCCGUGCUACCUUCAUCAUGGGCGGUCUUGAGGGUUGGUGGCUUGGUGGAGAUGACGGUCGCCGCCUCACACCCCUCGUUACCGCCGUGGAGUGGGACAGCGUUCUUCAGGAGACUGGCUUCUCGGGCGCUGAUACAGUCGUCUACGAUCUCCCGGACGAGAGAAAGCACUGCACUUCGCUCAUUGUCAGCCAGGUCGUUGAUGAUGACUUCCUUCGCCUCCGUGAGCCGUUGUCAUACAAGUCCGAUUUCUCGCCUCCCUCUGAACCUCUCUUAAUUAUCGGCGGGAAGAAGUUCUGGACCAACAAGGUUAUUUCUGAGGUUAAGAAGCUUCUUCCCAGAUCUUGGCAGCGACAGCUUCAGAUUGUUGAGAGCAUUGACAAGAUCGAUCCAAGCAAGCUGCCACCUCGCAUAGACACAAUCAUCCUCCAGGAUGCCGACGAGUCUGCUUUUGCCACUACCCUGACCCAGAGUCGAUUGAACAGCCUGCAGAGCCUGUUGAUAAAUUCCAGGAACAUGCUCUGGGUCACCACAGCGGGCAAGUCUCACGCUCCUCGCGCCAGUCUCAUCCAGGGUAUCACUCGUGUAGUCCCAGCCGAACUGCCGCAUCUCAAUGUGCAGUUGCUCGGCCUUUCUACCGAGCAUGGCCCGGCUGUUGCCGCUAUGCACACCGUGGAGGCUUUCCUGCGCUUGAUCCAGAUGGAGGAGGCGUCGAUGAGUCGCGAGAUCCUCUGGGCUCAGGAGCCGGAACUGGAGAUAUCCGCCGACGGUCAGACCAUCAUUCCUCGUGUCAUCCCGGACGCUGAGCUGAAUGAGAUGUACAAUGCUUCGAAGCGUUCCAUCAGCAAGACUGUAAAUGCGAAGGAUAUUGCUGUGGAAGCUGCAAUUAUCCAUGGCAAGAUGACACUUCAAUCUAUUGACAAGCCCACCGAUACAGUCAGCCGUGUCCAGAUUGACGUUCAUUCCACUCUACAUAUCCCUGGUUUCGACUCGAGCAGCAUUUACUUGACGUUCGGCAAGAUGGAAGCUUCCUGGGUUCUGGCAUUGUCGCACACCAACAGCUCCGUCGUAUACCUUGACUCGGAAGACAUCGUCAUCGUGACUGAGGAGUCUGGUACAUCUAAGAAUCUUGCGUCUCUGGCCAUCACGUUAUUAGCUCGCUCAAUCGCUGCGGUUACAGCUGCUGGAGAAUCUGUUCUCUUCUACGAGGCGGAGGAGGCAUUUGCACGUGUCGCCGCCGCCGAGCUCGAGAAGAAGAACAUCAGGGCUCAAUUCGCUACCUCGAGAACAUCUGCACCCGAAGACUGGAUCAAAUUUCAUUCCCUGGCGUCUAGGCGUUCAAUCGAGAGAGCCAUACCUCGUGACGCUGCUGUCUUUGUGGAUUGCUCCAACGGUGUCUCGGCUCUGGCUUCGACGUUGAAAGCAUCGGUUCCAAAAGACUGCAGGUCUUAUCAGCUUGGUGCUGGGCUCGUUUCUGCUGCUCUUAGCGACUCCAAUCUGAGCUACGCUACAUUCAUUCAAGAGUGUGCCAAAGCAACUUGCACUGGCCAGAUCCUUGAGCCCGAGAUUCUCUCUGCUUCCGAUCUUGCGGGCGCUAAUGCCACUACCCUUGCUACUAAGCACUUCGUCACCGACUGGACCAAGCGCGAUGCCAUCACUCUCACUGUCAAGCCCCUGGAACCUCAAACUCUGUUCAAGCCUGAUGUGAGUUACUUCAUGGCCGGCAUGGCUGGUGGUCUCGGCCUGUCUAUCUGUGAAUGGAUGAUCCGCAACGGAGCCAAGAACAUAAUCAUCACCAGUCGCAACCCCAAGCUUCAAGAAGCCACCCUCGAGGAAGCUCGUCGUGUCGGCGCCAACGUUAAGGUCAUGCCCAUGGACUUGACCAAGGAAGAGUCUGUUAAAGCUGUGGUGCGAGAGGUUGAAGCCACCAUGCCUCCUAUUGCUGGUGUCUGCAAUGCGGCCAUGGUGCUCGAGGACGGAUUCUUCGUCGAUAUGGAUGCCGAGCAGUUGAACAACACCCUAGCCGCCAAGGUCCUCGGCUCUGAACAUCUCGAUAGUGUCUUUGGCGACUCCAAGCUCGACUUUUUCAUUUGUCUUGGCUCUGUCGCUUCGGUCAUCGGUAAUGUUGGACAGUCCAACUACCACGCCGCCAACCUCUUCAUGGCCAGCCUGAUUCAACAGCGUCGCGCUCGUGGUCUCGCGGCUUCCAUCAUCCAUAUUGCCUACGUCACUGAUGUCGGAUACGUCACUCGACAAGAGCGCGAUCGGCAGCUCGACUCUCACUUCCGCAAGGUCCGCCUAAUGCCCACGUCCGAGACAGACGUCCAUCAUGCCUUCAUGGAGGCCAUUCGGGGUGGCAAGAUAGGCACCGAAACAGGGAGCCACGAGAUCAUCAUGGGCAUCGAGCCCCUGUACGAGCCUAUGCCUCUUGAUCAGCAGCCUCUUUGGAUGAAGGAUCCUCGCUUCGCCCACUUUGCCCCUCCUACCUCGGUCCAUUCUCAACAAGAGCGCGAUGGGUCCGGCGGUGCUGGAAACAUCAGGCAGUGUGUCGAAGAGGCUAACAACCAUGAGGAAGCCGUCGCUGCUGUCAUGAAUGCUUUCUGUGGAAAGCUCACGACCAUGCUACAGCUAGCCGCUGACAGCGUCAACGUCUCUCGUCCUAUCAUUGACCUGGGAAUUGACUCUCUGGUUGCUGUUGAGAUCCGCACUUGGUUCCUCAAGGAGCUCGGCGCUGAUAUUCCCGUCGUCAAGAUCCUUGGCGGUGAUACCGUUGAGCAAAUAUCGACUCUUGCGACCAAGAAGCUGAUGGCCAAGAUUAUGGAGACCAAAGCUCUUCAGCCGCAGGACGAGGCCAAAGCCAAAAGGUCUAUUCCAGCAAUCACUCGCACCCCUACGCCAGCGUUGGCUGAUCCAUCUGUUUCUGCACAAUCCGCGACGUCAUCGUUUCCUCCCACUCCUGGAGGUUCACGACCUCACUCACCCUUGGUGGUUAUCGAGGCAACUGCUCUACCUCAAUCGGAUCAACCUACAAUCGUGAUCGAUACCGUCAAGGACGACUCCAAGUCCAGCACGAUUGUCACAGCUCUAGCCCUCGACUCGGAUAGCGCGAGCUCCUCUGACAAAGAGAGCGUGAGCCAAGGAGGAAUUGAUGUUGAAUCCGAACACUCGGGCGAGACAGACCUGUCUCACGGUGAAAGUGCACCUCCCGAGCUCCUCCGAGAGCAGCCCAUGUCACCCGCUCAGGCUCGAAUGUGGUUCAUGUCAAAGCACAGUGAUGACCUGGCCGCUUACAACAUGGUAUUCCGCUACAAGGUGAAGGGCCCGGUAAGCCUUACUCGCCUCCGCCAUGCGCUUUCUACCACGGUCCAUCACCACGAAGCGCUCCGCACUUGUUUCUUCGCCCGCCUCGGCGAUGGGCAACCUAUGCAAGGUAUAGUAGCUUCUUCGCCUGUUCAACUAAAGCAUGUCCAGACGGGGGACAAGGAGCAGGUCGACAGCGAGAUGAAGCGUCUUGCCACACGUCACUGGGAUCUCCACCAAGGCAAAACAUUCGAGCUCGUACUCAUUAGCCACGGUACACAGGAACAUGACCUUUUCUUUGCGUACCACCACAUUCUGAUGGAUGUUGUUGGUCUCGGCAUCAUCCUUCGCGACCUCAACCUGGCCUACCAGAUGAAGCUUCUCGACCGUAACAUUGCAUCGUACCUCGACUAUUCCUCCGCCCAGCUCGACAACCAGAACAGCUCAGACUUUGGCCAACGAAUCGCUUUUUGGAAGUCAGAGUUUUCCACCAUUCCUGAAACACUACCUUUACUCCCCAUGGCCAGUGUGAUAAGCCGUCCCGCCAACUCGAACAGCCACUGCCACCACCAAUAUCGCCAACUCAAGCUUAAGCAAUUUCAAGCUCUCAAGACAGCAUGCAAGCGCCUGAGUGUCAGCCAAUUCCACUUCCAUCUGGCACUUCUGCAGGUUCUUCUUACCAAGUAUACUGGAGCCGAGGAUAUUUGCGUGGGUAUCGUCGAUGCCAACCGCUCUGAUCCCAAGUUCGCGCAGACAGUGGGAUACUUCAUCAACAUGCUUCCUGUUCGCGCUCAGGUGUCCCAGAAAGCUACCUUUUCCAACAUGGCCAAGACGGCAUCUCGGAAGACCCUCACUGUCCUCAACGAAGCAGCAGUGCCGUUCGACAUCCUCCUCGACCAGCUGAAGGUGCCACGAUCAGCCGGAACCACGCCUUUGUUCCAGGCGGCGUUGAACUACCGCUUAGGGUCGAUAUGGGAAAUGCCUCUGGGAGACGCCAAGAUGGAAAUUUGCGACGUCAAGGACGCGAACAAUCCAUUCGACCUGAGCCUCGGUAUUGCUGAGACACCUUCUGGGUGUGUUGUUGAACUCUACAGCUUGUCGUCGCUGUACAGCCAGGAAGGCUGCAGUACCAUUCUCGAAUCAUAUAUACGUCUGUUGGACUUUUUCUCUGAGAGCCCAAACUCCAGUAUAGACUGCAUCGCGGUACAUGACAAUACUCAGGUAGCUAAGGCGAUGGAGCUGGGAAAUGGCUUGGCUGUCAAAUAUGACUGGGCCCCAACACUCUCCCAACGACUACAGCACAUAAUCUCGCUCUGCCCCAAUGAAGUUGCCUUGAAGGACAUGGCCACACAGAUCACGUACACCGAGCUCAAUGCCCGGCUUCAGCAGGUGGCAGAAACCCUUUUGCGACGGGGAUGCACCGCGGGUUCCUAUAUUGCGGUUCUCUGCGAGCCUUCAAUUGACUUCAUUGUUUCCAUGUUGGCGAUUCUUCAUGUUGGUGCGGUAUAUAUGCCUCUGGAUGUCAGUCUUCCUGCGUCCAGGCAUGCAUCCAUGGUCAAGAGUUGCCAACCAUUAAUCUUACUCUGUCACUCCGCGACAGAAGAACGCGUUCGCGAUCUUUACAAGGAGAUCGGUAUGCAGUUCCAAGAAGUACUGGUUGACUCUAUCAGUAACGACGAUGGAGUCCAUAUCCCUUGCGUAGCCACUCCCGAUGCGCCCGCUGUUCUUCUUUUUACCAGUGGCUCGACAGGAAACCCAAAGGGUAUCAUUCUGACACAGGCCAACUUCGUCAAUCAUUUGGCCCUCAAGGCUGAUCUCCUGCGCCUCAAUCAGGAAACCGUCCUCCAGCAGAGCUCCCUCGGCUUUGACAUGUCUCUCAUUCAGACCUUCUGCGCCCUGGCGAAUGGCGGUCGUCUCAUCAUCGCACCCUCUGACUUGAGACGUGACCCCGUGGAGCUACCCAAGCUUAUCAGCAGAGAGCAAGUAACGUUGACUAUCGCCACACCCUCAGAGUAUCUCGCCUGGCAUCGGUACGGGGCAUCGUCCCUCGUAGAGAACAAAGGCUGGCGUCACGCGUGUAUGGGUGGCGAGAAGGUCUCUUCCCAACUGAAAGCCGAGUUCCUUCGUCUCGGCCAUCCAGAACUUGAGCUCACCAACUGCUACGGACCGACCGAAAUCACCGCUGCGGCGACCUUCCAGACCAUUCCAAUGAAUGUCACGGACGAUAGUGGCGACUACAGUCGCGACCUUUCCGUUGGCAAAGCCCUGCCAAAUUACUCUAUCCGCAUUCUCGACACAUCUGGUUUCCCACAACCUGUUGGGCACACUGGCGAGAUCUGCAUUGGUGGUGCUGGUGUUGCGACAGGAUACCUCGACCUUCCUGUUGAGACGAUUCACAAGUUCAUCACUGCCGAUGACGGGGAGCGACUGUAUAUCACUGGUGAUAAGGGUCGUCUUCUCACAGACGGCACGCUCUUGUACCUCGGUCGCCUCGAUGGAGAUACUCAAGUCAAGCUUCGUGGUCUGCGUGUUGAGCUGGAAGAGGUUGAGAAAGCUGUAAUGGAAGCAUCAGAGGGUCUCUUCUCCGGCGCUGUGGUAUCUGUCAACGGCGAUGUCCUUGUUGCACAUGUAACGCUGGCUACAGGCAAUGGUGCAGUGGACGAUGCUGAUCUGUUCAAGAUCCUUGCUCACAUCAAGUUGCCACAAUACUUCAUCCCUGCCUCGAUAACUGUCAUGUCAGUAUUCCCUACCACUUCCAACGGCAAGGUCGAUCGGAAAGCAAUUGCAGCGGUCCCGAGCACUAUGUCUACACCAGCCUCCCGGUCCGCGUCUCGGGAGAAAAUGACCGUUCGCGAGGGUGAGCUUCGCCUCCUCUGGGAGCGCGUUCUCCCUGCGGCCGGCACUUCUGGUCUUAUUGUGCCAUCAUCAGAUUUCUUUUCCUUCGGUGGCAACUCGAUACUGCUCAUGAAGCUUCAAGCUGCAAUCAGGGAGACCAUGAUGGUCAAGGCUUCGACGCGUGUGCUUUAUCAAGCGAGCACGUUGCGAGACAUGGCCCAAGUCAUUGACCAGCUUCGUCAGGAGCAGUCUGUUGUUGAUGCUGAGCAUGACAUUGACUGGGCGGCGGAGACCGCAAUUCCAAGAUGGCUUGUCAAGCAACUCAAUGAAGCGACCUCUUCUCAACGCCCCAAGAUACCCAACAAGAAGGGUAUUGAGGUGAUGAUGACAGGCGCCACUGGUUUCCUUGGCGGACACCUCCUUCGAUCACUCAUGGUUUCGGAUGUCGUUACCAAGGUACACUGCAUUGCCGUUCUGGCCGAUGGACAGAGUCUUCUACCACAAGACGACAAGGUGGUCUGCUACACCGGAAGUCUCCUGUCCCCUACCCUGGGACUGACUACGGAUCAGCGCGAGGAUCUCGGCAGGUCUGUGGACGUCAUUAUCCACGCCGGCGCGAGUGGACACUGUCUCAAUACCUACGCCUCUCUGCGUGUCCCCAAUGUGCACUCAACACAAUUCCUGGCCUUCAUGUCAGCUUCAAACUCAAUCCCACUUCUCUUCCUCUCAUCCAACCGUGUGGUUCUACUUUCUGGCAACGAAUCGCCACCUCCUACAUCAAUGUCGCAAUUCCAUCCUUCGACUGAUGGACUCGAGGGUCAUAUGAUGAGCCGUUGGGCAAGUGAGGUUUUCUUGGAGAACUUGGUUGAGCACGUCCGCAGUACUUCGACCAAGGACGAGCAAUGGACAGUUUCCAUUCAUCGUCCUUCAGUCGUGAUAAGUGAUCGAGCGCCCAACUCGGAUGCCCUCAAUGCAAUCUUGAGAUUCUCCGUCUCGAUGCGCUGUGUCCCUCGCCUUGACAGAGUGAGGGGCUACCUAGAUCUCGCACCGCUUGAGAACGUUGUCGCCGAGCUAUCGGAAACAGCAGUCAAGCUCGCCCAAGGCCAGUCUUCUAGAUCUGACACCAAGGCCUUGGUUCAAUACAAACACCAUUCAGGCGGUGUCAAAGUCCCCGCUGAUAAGCUGCGCGAGCAUCUGAGCAGUUUGUACGAUGUCGAGUUCCAGGAGCUUGAAAUGAAGUCGUGGCUGGAACGAGCAUCGGAAUCCGGUAUGGAUCCGUUAAUAACAGCUUACAUGGACGGGAUCUUGGAAAAUGAUGCUCCAAUGAUGUUCCCAUACAUGGGGGAGCAGGGUGGGGAACCCAGCCUUUGA